AUGGCCAAGUUCGCCAACUCUUUCGACCUGCUGGGCGAGACCGAAGACAUCGAUGUCAAGGAACUCAUCAGCGCGGUUGAUGAGAGGGCCGAGUUUUUGGAGGUGAAGAAGAAGGCGAUAGAGUCGGCGAAGAAGAAGGCGAUGGAGGAGGAGAAGAGGAAGAAGGAGGCGAUAGAGGCGGCGGAGAAGAGGAAGAAGGAGAAUAAUAAUGGGUUUUACAGAAGAGGCCAGAACAGCCAAAGGGAUUUCAAUUCCCAGAAUUUUCGUGCUGCGCCGAAAUCUGCUGAUGAUACUAGAUCUGUCUCCAGUGCUGCUAGUAUUGUGUUGUCAGAGAUAUCUUUUGGGAGCUUUUGCAGAGAGGAUUUUGAAGAGUUGAUGAAGAAGAAGGAGACUGAAGUUGUUGCGGAGAAGAAACGGGAAGAACAAGGUGGUGAGGAAGAGGGGAACAAAACCCAACUACAGAGUAAUGGGGUCAAUGGAAGCAGCAGCAAGAGUUCUUCUGAUGGAAAGAAAAAGUCAAAUAUCAAUGGAAGUCUGAGGAGAAAACUGAAGAAGAAGAGGAACGAGGAGAAAAGCCACAGCGAAAAUGCAGCAGCUGUUGGUGAUACUACUGGUGCUGCUGUGACUGCUCCUGUUCAGAACAAGCCUACGCUUUCGUACACUUUGAAAGAAUAUGAGAAGAUGAAUAUGAAGAAGAGUGAGAAUCAAGAAACCGCUGUCGAACAGCCCCCUCAGCCUGCACAACGGCAUCUCGAGCAGCCUCAAGACCACCAUCCUGCACAAUGGCAGACCAAGCAGUCUGCACAACAGAAGGCCGAGCAGUCUGCACAACGGCAAACCAAGCAGCCUCAAUACCGCCAUCCACCACAGCCUGCACAACAGCAACCCCAGCAGCCUCGAUACCGCCAUCCUGCACAAUGGCAGACCAAGCAGCCUGCACAACGGCAGACCAAGCAGCCUCAAUACCGCCAUCCACCGCAGCCUGCACAACAGCAGCCCAAUCAGCCUGCACAACAGCAGCCACAGCAGCCUGCACAACAGCAGCUUAAUAGCAGGAAUGACGGCUCCUGGAAUCCAGUGAAGGAUCGUAGACGGCGGCAAGAUUGGGGGAACUAUAACUCUGAUGGUAGGUUUGAAGAAAGUUGUUCGCGACAGGCCAGGGUUGCGAAUAAGGAAUUUUUGAUAAAUCCUGCUGAAUUUCCAACCCUGAGCAGUAAAUAA